UUUCUACACUCAUGUUUGUGACUGUAGGAAACCACACUUGGGAUUGAAAUGAAUGGUGCUUCUUCGUCCGGUGGUAUAAGAGGUGCUUUGUCCUAUUGUGUGCAGCAAGUACGACGUUAUGAUUAUCAUCACUACCUCUGCCUUCUUGAACUUCCAGCAAACAUGCGGAAGGCUGCAUUUGCGCUCCGAGCUUUCAAUGUCGAGACAUCCCGAGCUAUGGAUGUUGCAUCUGAUCCCAAAAUUGGUCUUAUGCGCUUGCUGUGGUGGCAAGAAGCUUUGGACAAGAUCUAUUCAAACAAGGUGAUUGAGCAUCCAGUAGCUCAGGCCCUCACUUCUGUGGUAUCUGAACACAAGGUUAGCAAAAGUUGGCUGAAACGAGCUGUGGAAGCCCGAAUAAAUGAUGCAAAUAGAGAAAAUAAUGAUAUUCCACAAACUGUUGAAGAAUUGGAGCGAUAUGCUGAGGACACAACAUCAACUAUUUUGUACUCUACACUUCAAGCAGGUGGUAUUAAAUGCACAGCAGCAGACCAUGCUGCUUCACAUAUUGGUAAGGCAAGUGGACUCCUUUUGUUGCUUAAAUCACUGCCAUACCAUGCUAGUCGAAACCAUCAGUUUUCAUAUAUACCAGCCAAGGUGGCUGAGAAACAUGGAUUGUUGGUUCACCAAAGUGGUCAGUCAGAGAUCAAAAAGGACUCGCGUGAGGCCCUUUGUGAUGCAGUUUUUGAAAUGGCAUCUGUAGCUAAUGCACAUCUGCAGAAGGCUCGACAAUUGGCUGGAAGUGUGCCAGCUGAAGCUCGUCCUGUGCUUUUGCCUGCUGUGCCUGCCCAAGUCAUUUUAGAUUCUUUGGCUCGGGUGCAGUUUGAUGUGUAUGAUCCACGGCUGGCACAAGGAAUCUUAGGGGCUCCCCCGUUGUUGUUUCAGUUGAAACUAAAAUGGUAUUCAUGGAGGGGCAAAUACUGACAUUACCCUUUUUCGUCCCUUUAUAGAGUAUGUGUGUUGC